AUGGAACUCAGACUGACUUCGACGAGUGAUACUGAUGAUGAUGAUGAUAAAGUGUUGUUCGAACGCGUGCUGAAGGAUAUUGUGCCUCGUUCUCGCUCUCGUCGUCGGGAAAUUACUCUUGACGACGAAUUGAAAAAAGAAGAAAUUCGAGACGACAAUAACAACGACGACGACGACGACGACGACGAUGAUGAGAAAAAGAGCAAGAGCAAUAACAGUAAUAGUAUGAACGCAUUGAUAAAUGAUGUCAAUCGCAUCGAGUUGUCUGGUGUUCAAUUGAAGGAAUCAACGAUAACAACAACAACAACAACAACAACAAAGUCUCCAUCAACCAACUUAGCUGAACUUCAUCAACAACGAGAAAGCGAAAGAGUUCGCUCGCUCGCACAAACGUCUUCUGAGACCGUUCGAUCUGCUUUGUUGGAAUGGAGCGCGCACAAACAAAAUGUAUUCGUGAAUCGAUUUGCUACGCAAGCUUCAGACGACGCCGUUUUGGAGUUGAACUUAUCGUCUUGGGUGGAUAAUAACAACGGCGAAGAAAAGCAGUUCUUUCGCGAUUACACAAACAUCAACAGAAAUGUAGAAGAGAAAGCACCCGGGACGCCGACUCGCCGGUCGUCCUCUUCUAUGAAAAACACGGUGAAUAUUGACAUAGACGCGUUGUUUAGGAACGAAGACAAAUUUGGCGACGAGCGUUUACAAGAACUCGAGAACGCGUCCUCGUCUAAUACAUCGUCCUCGAAAGAUAUCGCUCGAACAACGCAGCGCGAUUGCGUCGAGCGUCUGCAGAAACUCAACGACAACAUAGCGCGCGCGUGGUUGGAAGCAGACAGAGUGGCUGCUUUGAAACUAUCGAUAAAAGUAGUCAAGUUGUUGGGAUAUAACGCAGGAGGGAAAGCGCCAGAAUUUUAUCCAAUCUUAUUCUUCCUCGUCACCGAUAUCGCAGAUACAGUCGGUCAAUUGGUUUAUAAGCGAAUAAAAAUGAAAGCUGAAAAUAAGAGCGAAGAAACAUACGACGAGAUUGACGAGAUUGAAUAUAGAACAAAUCAGAAUAGUGGAAGAAAGAAAGCACCUUUACCUGAGAAUUGGAACUCGGAUGAUAUACGCGAAUCGGCAAAAGCAACGUGUCGAAACUGGUUUUUCAAAGUCGCGUCUAUCCGCGAACUAGUGCCACGCUUAUAUCUCGAGUUUGCGCUUUUAGAUUGUAUGCGCUUCUUACGUCCCGAGCCUCCAGUUGAUCGGUUGAAUAGAUUGAUUGCUCAGAUUAAAGGCGUGGGCGAUCCUCUAGUCGCUGCGUACUUGCGAUGCUACGCCGCCAAGAAAAUCGUCACGGUGUUACCGCAAAAGUUGCAAAAAGAUCCACUGAAAACGCUCCUUGGUGAUUUCAUCGCAAGGUAUGUAGCCAUAAACGACCUAGAUGAGUCAGAUCUGAUCAAUAUCAGCGCCGCAAUGCGACGCUUAGGAUUGAGAAAAGAUAUCCUUUUGCGCUUGAUGCAUCCAUCGCUGGCAUGGAUUUUGUCUCGAAACGCAAAACUCUCGGAAUCCUCGACGCUCGAACGAUCGAUACAAAUGUGCUCGAACGAGUUUAAGGGCAAACCACCUCUAUCGUUUCUUUCGGCAUUGUUUGAGACUUUAUCCGAAGAUGUUUGCGCCGAGAACGCGCUGCGAUUAGUACGACUCGUGAAAGAUUCUUCUUCAUCGAGUAACUUCGAGGAGGAUGUCCGUGAUUGCGCGAAAUGCUUCAUCGUUCUGGGCAAUGCUUUCGCGAACCUACCACCGCAGGAGAAGUUCAGAUUAGACGUACUGAUGGAAGUGUGGAAGGUUUUAGCCAAAUGGAACGAGGAUCAGCUCGAACAUUACGCCGGCGUAACGGACGCGUUUGUCGAUUUCGUCGCCGAGAACUUUACGCGCAAUCAACUCGAAAUUUUAUUGAAAGACUUAGCGAAGCGUGUGAAGAAAUCGAGAACGAAGUUGUUCGAUGGCGACGAAGAAUUAGCAGCUCGCCGGAAAAUUCAAGGCGGCAAUUUAGCAAAGAAUAUCGAAAAUAUUUGCACGAAGAUCCUCUUUCGUUUCGAGGACAUCUCGUUAGCAAUCUCUCUCUCUGGGUUCUCGUACUUGGUCAAUCAGCUUGGCGGUGACUCGAAAGUUCUAUUCUCGAUAAAGAUGCUCGAGCGCAUCAAGAAGUCAAAACAUCGUUUGGAAGGUAGUAGCGUAAUCAGUCACGCGUUCGAUUGUGCUAAAGCCGUUCACGACAGCGUCGACGCGCUCGCGUUGAGGACAGGGUCACCGGAUGGAGUGGACGUUGUGAGCGCGUUUGAUUUGGUAUCGAGCUUUGUUUCGAAAGUUCAUUAUGAGGAAUCCGAUGUUGAUGCAGAGCUUCGAUUUCUUAUGAACUGUCGUUCUGCUUUCACAAACGCCGACCGAGCACUCAUUAAAGUAGUACAAAGAGCCAUCUCCAUCGUAAAGCGCUGCGUGACUACGGACGUGAAGAAAAGAGAGAAGACGCAAGCACAAGCGGCGGCGAGCGUUGCGUUUUGUCAAAUCACCAUACCGAGCGUUGCAGAUAUAGAAGCGCGAUUGAAGUUGAUUGUCGAAACAGCAAAAUACGCCACGGCGUGCGAAUUACACGCGCAAGUCGACGGCGUGAUUAGUUCUGCGAUUACAGAUAUUGAAGACGCUAUUGAGAGUUUACGUGCUGAAAGAGUGCACGCUUUCGUUUUGAAACUCUCGGAAGUUUUGAUGGAUAAUCCUGCCGGUCAUCCCGAAUACGGUUCGUUUUAUGCCAUCGCAACCGCGUCGACGAUGCUUGAAAAGAUGAGUACAGAGGAUUCAACCAAAUAUAAAGCGUAUGCGUAUCUUGCUCUUGCCUACGUGGUUGCGUCGUUUGCUGAGACACGCGGGACUUUAAACAAGAAGAACGUGGAACUGUACGGAGGGUCAGAACAAGCCUUUGUUGAUGAAUGCGUUACGUGGGCGAAGGAGAUGGUAUCCAAAGCGGCCGAUGUCGUUUAUAACGACGACGACCUUCUUUCGACCCGUAGUGGUGGCGCCGCGAACAUUCGCAUAGCAGACAAAGAAAACGAUUCAAACGCUCGUGCGCCGCUGCGAGGCAUCAGAGUUGAUCACUGCGAACAACAACGAUGA